AUGACUGCAGACGUGGCGGUGUCUCUUACGGUGCUCGUGGGGAUCGUCGCGCUGAGCGAUGCGACCCGCAGGUUGUUGACCAGGGCCCUCGCGGACACCGGGCUUUCCGUGUAUGCGGUGGAGCUCGUAUCUACCUUCCAGCUGUGCUGCUGCACGCACGAGCUAAAGCUGCUCUCGGAGGUGGGCGGGAUCGAGCCUCAACUCGCGCUCACCUUGACGUACCUGGCGUCCGUUGUUCAUGGGCUCACCUUCAGCGGGGCCAUCGGUAACCCCUCUGGUGCGCUCGAGCACGCUUACCACGCGAGGCUCUCAGGGGGGUGCGCCCUGCGCCGGAUCGUGUGCCAGUUCGCCGCGGCUGCCGCAGCGCGAUUUGCGGCGCCGGUGAUCUGGGGUAUCGGGUUGUCUGGACUGCACAUGCGGCACAAGCUGCUCGGUUACCGGUGCAUCAGCCCCAUUCACGCUCCGCUGCUCAAGGCCGCCGCUGUGGAGCUCGCGUGCGCCUUUGCAGUUCAGACUGCUGUAACGCACACGCGAAUGGUGGAGGCGAAAUACCGCGUGCACGCUGUAGCUGCGGUCAUCGCAACAGUAGUUUAUGCAGGUGGCAGUGUGACAGGAGCGGUGUUUAACCCUGCGUUGGCCUUCUCCACACAGUUCCCCUGCAGUGGACACUCCUUCCUAGAGUACUGCCUGGUCUACUGGCUGGGCCCACUGCUGGGUAUGAUGUUUUCCGUGCUGCUGUUUGAUAAGCUCAUCCCUCUGCUGACGAGGAAAUCAACGUCUCCCCAUCUCCCCCUGGAGACCAAGAAGAGGACAUGAGCAUCGCCAGGCAGCGUUCAAACCCAGAGCACAUGUGGGGAUGUUGUCACUGACUCAGUGUUGACGCUGCUAAGUUUAAGUAAUCACACGUUAGAAAAAGAACAACAGCACUUCUAUGCACUUUUUUAAGAGACCUCAAGAGCACAUCCUAGAAGCUAAACAGAAAACUUAAGACUCAAAUUUCAGUGUUUUGUGAGAUAGAUCUCAAGGCAUGCAGAAAUUGACUGUCCGAGUUUUACUUUACGAGGCGGUUUGUCGAACACUAAAAAUCAUUGCUAUGCUUGUUUCUUCAGUUUACAUUCAUACUAUUUAAAAACGUUGACCUUUUUUUUA